UUACCACAUUGUUGUGCUUUUUGUUGGACCGCAGCAGGCUACAUCUACAGAAGAACAUCUUCUUCCCCCAUCGUUAUCAUCUAGACAACCUUUCUCGGCGAGUGCUCCUUACCGACUCUCGAAGACUGCCAACGAGGCAUUUUAACACAUUUGGCAUCCAGCUUGGCAGUCUCGCCAUGUCCAACGACGGCUACGAAGAGAUUUGGUCGACAGCCCCAUCGGGGCAAGCAGUCCACUGCUGUCUCCCACUCACACACCCAGACAGGCAAAUUCGCGUGCUUGUCUUGGAUCCAGUCGACUCCGAGUCCCCCAGAUCCGAUGAGAUACUUCAAGGCCGUAUAGAUGUUCUCGAUGAACUCACCGAUGGCCAAGAGUAUGCGGCUCUAUCAUACGUCUGGAACCUGACGACCGAUCCACCAAUCCCGCCGCGCGAGAACCGGCUCAUCAUUCGAUGCGGCGACCACCAACAUCAAGCCCGAAUCAAGCCCAACUGCUGGUCCGCCCUUUGGCAUCUUUGCAAGAUUCGAAGACCUUCGAUCACAGUUCUCUGGGUUGACUCAAUUUGCAUUGACCAGAAGAAUGAUGAAGAGAUGAAGCAACAGAUAUCUAUGAUGUGCAAAAUCUAUAACUCGGCUCAAAAAACUUACUUCUGGGUCGGAGAGGCUGGAACCGGCACUGAUAAAGCAAUGGAAUUCCUUUCGAGUGACAGAAUCACAUCGGGCACAGGCGGGUCCGGAUCUGCAUUCCCGAUUGGCUUCAAGAUCUGGUGGCAAUUCACAAGAUUGAAAGCGAGUGCAUACAACAAUGACCUCCAACAAAUCUUCACACGGGAAUGGAUCACACGCCUUUGGACUUUACAAGAGUUCUUACUAUCAAGAGAAGGUAUUCUUGUGUGUGGAGAGAAAUCAGUUUCAUGGAAGCGCCUGGUUUGUGCUCUGCAUUCUAUACACUACUUCCACAAGCACCCCGGGUCACUUUUCUUCGAUAGCUCACAUCUUCGUUGGCUGAACUUAGUCAACCUUGCACAGUGGUUUGCACAGAACAGUUGGAUACUAGUGUACAGAGCAUCGGAGGACUUUAACCAGUCGCAGGUUGAAGCUCAUCUAAACUGUCUCAAGUGGUCUGUGAAGAACGCUUGGUUGAUAUAUGUGCUAUGCACAAGCUUUUUGUGUUCACUGUACAUGUAUUCAAUAGUUUUUUUACUCAAUUCAAGCCCCUUGGUGGUUCUUUUUGUUAAGUUUGCUUUAUUAUAUUUGAUUUUGUUCCUUCUUGUUUCUGUUCCAGGAGUUGUGUUCUGGCGUGUCUGGAAAGGUAAGCUGUUCUUCCCGAGAAACUCGCCUUCAAUUUUGGAGGAACUCCGGAAUCGGCAGGUGUCGGACCCAAAAGAUAUUUAUAACGGCACUGUAGGAAUUCUUGGUGGGGGCGCAUCUACCAGUGGAGAGAGUCUAUGUGUUCUUUACAGGAAGCUUUGUACCAGCCUGAUGUCCAAAACACAAUCACUGGAUGUUCUAUUGUUUGCCAACACUUAUGCAAACCGUAGUUAUCCAUCCUGGAUUAUCAACUGGGAAUCCGAAAUCUCGCACGUUUGGGGCAAUGCUCUCUCUUAUAGCGAGGCAAAAUUCUCUGUGUACCUUUCAUACCUGCAAUCGUUAUUUCGUGCGGAGGAGACAUUGGGAAAGUACCGAGGGGUAAUGCCCGCGAGACAGGCGCGCUGGGAUUUCCGUGAUCAAGGCCAAAGCCUUUCUGUCUUUGGGCUGGUCUUGACACACAUCUCGUCUCACCUUACACCAACAACAUACGCAGAUGCGGUCACACCAUUGCACCUAUUUCGCUGGAAUCUGCUUUCGAUAAAAGCUUGGGUGAACUACACCUCAGCCAAAGCGUCUAGACUCCUGCAAAAGUCGUUCUUUUGCUUCAGUCGAUAUGUCGCGGAAAGUCCUGUCGAGAUGAUCAGGCCUCAAUACACAAUACCUACUACAGGAACCACUCUAUCGCAAAUUGAACGCAGACGGUUUAUUUCUUUAAUGCACGCCGAAUACACCAGGAUGACCACACGGGAUCGGAAACGGGCUGCAAAACAGCUCAUGGCUUUAAUGACAGUUGCCGCGGGAAACAGGCUUCUAGAACGUGAAUUGAUGAUGUGGUGGAAAACCCUAAGUGAGGCGGCAGACACUAUUUAUUAUGGCGAUGAAUGGAUUGAGAAGAAGGUGUUAUCAGACGAACGCGUAGAGAAUAGCUUCAACGCAGUUAUGCAUAUUCUCCAGGAAGCGAAGCUAGGUGCGGUCGGUUAUGAGACCAGCGAAGUGCUGGAUGGAUUCUCUCGAGGUUUGGCAUUUGCUGCAGCAGGUGCUCAAACCGGGGACGCUGUGGCACUGGUAUCCGGGAUGGCAUUUCCUCUUGUGCUUCGUCCGUGCGGUGAGGGCCGUUUUAGACUGGUUGGUCCAAUCUUUUUGCCGGGUGCAAUGGAUGGAGAACUCGAGGACCAGAUAACGAGGAUGACACUUGACGAGAUCAUAAUAGUAUGAUGCGUGCAAGGGUGAAGGCAAAGACGUCGAGUCAAUCUCAAGCUCAAGGCUCCUGGGCCAAUGAUUCUGAUAGUCUAUUGACCUAUGGAGAAUGGCUCUAUAUGUGAAUUGAAUUGAAAGUUUGAAGCUCUAAG